CUCAACUCUUGAUACAUAUUCAGAUAUUCGUAUAUCUGAUAAGUUCAGACCACAUAUUCUAAUGCCGUUUUAUGUGCGCUGAUUACGUAUCUUUUGAAGCUUGAUUUGGUUUUGAUAAAAAGCCCUCUUGAUCAUCAACUCCUUCAUCCACUUCAUCAGCUUCCCGUCUCGGCAUUGAUCUUUUUUGGGGGUCUUCAAAUCCUAGCUGCGAUUUGUGCCCCACCGCAAGCAAACUAUCUUCCAAUUCUAUAACUUUUGUUUCGGCACAGCGCAUACAUCUCUUAUUACUUCAAACGCUCUCAACUUCAAACGCGACUACGUACGGUCGGCACAAAGACUUGAUCACAUUUCCUAACCCCUAUUUAACCUUUAACUUUUAGAUUGUUUACCCGAGCGUACCACAACAAAAACAAAGCAUACAUUCUAAAAAACAUAUAAUCUACAUUUACCGAAAACAUAUAAAAUGGCUCAAAUUCAAGACCAAGAUCCGCUAUGGUCUCAAAACGAUCGCAUUAAAUCCAAUCGACCUUUGUCUGUACAAGAGUGGCGAAAAAGCGUUUUUAUGUCAACUCAACUUCGAGUCGAUUCACGACAAAGUGAUAAGUGCGAAUCAUCUGGUCUAUCUCAGGUAGAAAUCGAUUGGAGUUCGCAUCAGCCUUAUGUAGACUUUAUCCCUAAUCGACCUCGCUCUCAAACUUGUCAACUUCCAACACCCGUACAAUCAUAUAGAAAACGGCAAUCAUUGAGAAUCACUCCACUCAUCGACCUCAAUCAACCUCGUGAUGCUAGUGGCCGACCUAUCACUUAUGAAGAAGAUGAGAGACGUCGCCGUGAGCGAGCCCAGCUUCUCACUGGAAGGUUCUCUAACAAGAGCACCCCGGGACUCUCUUCGGGAUCAUUACUAGUGAUAGAUGAUGAACUUGAAGUACGUCAUCGUGCGGCCAUGCGUCGAUUGCAAGCAGAAGCUAUCGAUCAAAUUGAGCAAGCCGAAAUGCUCCAACAACGUCGAAUGGCCAGGUGCCGUCAAUCUCGUUCUUCUACCGUCUCGAAAUCUCGAGGAACUGGUUUUGACUCACAACCUGAAAGUCCAACUCGAACUGAAAAUCAACAUCAUUUUGAUAUUCCUUAUCGUAAUACUAAACUUGAUCCUAGACCUGUUGUUGGAAGACUUGUUCAGAAAGGAAGUGCUAAGAUUUUAAAAGUUGUAAGAUCGAUUGGUCAUCUUCGACAUAAAGCUUCUAGACCGUUACAAAGGAUUGAACCAGAGAAAGGAAGCUCGUCACAAUCUUUUAUUUAUGUUGAAAAGCCUUGAUGUAUCAAUUUCAUCCUUUUUCAAUGGACUAAUUCUUUCUUAUGUGACCUGUGGUAACUUUGUUUUGAUAUCUACGGUCUGGUUUUUGGUUUCAGCUUUGUACAAAUACACUUCGCUUUAGAUCAUUAAGACAGUCUUGCGUUCUUUAUUUUUUGUUUCUUUUUGUAGCUUUGCAUAUAUCUUAGAACACGUUUAUAAAGGUCAUUUCAUUCUUAAAAAGAAAAAGAAAGCAGAAUUCUUAAAUUUUCACUCUAGACAAUUUAUAAAUACAUCAACUCCUGUUUAUAUCUCAUUGCGAUUUCUUUUUUUUCGAUUUUCUACAUUGUUCAUCUAUCUUAUCAUAUCUCUCUUCAGCAGGGGCAUUGUUUGAAUUUUAACAGAUUUUCUUGAUUCUUUAUGUAUCUUUGGUUUUGCAUUUAACCCAUGUCAUUUGGUAUGAAUCAUGUUUACCUUUUUUGCUC